GAGGCUUCCGUCCUGCCAUUGAGGCUUCCGUCCUGCCAUUGAGGCUUCCGUCCUGCGGCGUCGUGAGGGAAGCGGAGCCGGUGGUUCGGGGCAGUUCCCUGCAGAGAUGGUGUCGCUGCUGCCACGCAUCGAGCGGCUCUCGUCGCGGGUGGUGCGGGUGCUGGGCUGCAACCCGGGGCCCAUGACCCUGCAGGGCACCAACACCUACCUGGUGGGCUCCGGGCGCAGAAGAGUCCUUAUUGACACUGGAGAGCCAGCUAUUCCUGAAUAUAUCAGCUGUUUAAAGCAAGCACUGUCAGAGUUCAACAUCUCCAUCCAAGAAAUUUUAGUGACACACUGGCAUCGUGAUCAUACUGGUGGAAUACCUGAUAUCUGCAAAGACAUUCCAAGUGACUCGGAAUACCGCAUAAGUAAGCUCCCUCGUGUCCCUCACUGUGAAGAAACUAUAGAAGGAGGACAUAAAUAUUUUUAUCUUAAAGAUGGAGAUGUGGUAGAGACAGAGGGAGCCACACUCAGAGUUUUGUAUACACCAGGACACACUGAUGAUCAUAUGAUUUUACAUCUAGAAGAAGAAAAUGCUGUAUUUUCAGGUGACUGUAUCCUAGGAGAAGGAACAACAGUAAUAGAAGAUCUGUCUGAUUACAUGAAGACUUUGAAAAAGUUGUUAGAAAUGAAACCAGAUUUGAUUUAUCCAGGUCAUGGCCCAGUAGUACGUGAUGCAAAUACUAGAAUCCAAAACUACAUUUCUCACCGCCUUGCACGUGAACAGCAAAUUCUGAGUGUUUUCCAGAAGAAUACUGGGAAAUCAUUUACAUCCUCAGAGCUUGUACAGAUGGUAUACAAGGAAAUCCCUGAGAAUUUACUUCCAGCAGCAGAACAUAACCUCCUAGUCCACUUGAAAAAGCUGGAAAAAGAAGGAAAAUACGUGAUGAAACUCCCAGCUUCAGAUGGAAAAACAAUUUAUAAGUUAGGCAAGAUUGUCCAGGAAUGUUGUAUUUGGUUGAAAAAUACUGUACAGUGUAUUAAAAUGUGUUCGGAGAUUAAUUUAAACUGCAAGUUCAGUUCUCUGUGGACCUUCCACUUGCAGAAUAGUACAUAAAUAUUUGCAUUACUUUGUCUAUUCAAAGUGUGUGACAUUUGAUGAUAUAUACAUUUCUUCUAGUAUUACUCAGCCUUAAAAAACAAAAGCAGAUCUGAGAUGUUUGAAAAUACCAAGGACAGGUAUAUGUCGAGGACAAAUAUAUGUCCUUGAAAACCUUUGACCAUUCAAUCCUGUACCCUCAUUUGUGAAACAUGCAUAUGUGUUUGGGUACUGAAGGCUUGUCUUAAGAAUUUACAUUAUUUUAUGAAGCUGAUGGCAUUUGUUCUGAUCAGCUGGGACAAAUCCAAAGCAAAAAUACUCACAGGAUAGCAACCCAAAACAGGAAUAGCAACUCAAAAUUGAAAUCAUAUUCUGAGGUAGCAGACAGGCCCCUGAAGAAGAGAAAUAAUUACUUUCUGUAAAAAUGAUGCUUCUUGCAAACUUUAUUGAUCUGAAAUUUGGCCAGAUCGUGUCACAUGCUCACUUUUAACUUUUUUUGCAUUGUAAUUUUGAGGUCUUUCUGAGGUCUGCUAGGUUUCCUUCCCAUUGUAUUUUCUAUUAACUUACAUUUUUCCAGACACUUUUUAUCUGUUCCUCCCACAAUAUUUUUUCUUCAAUUCCUUUUGAAAAAAUUACUCAAUUUUCAAAUGGACUUCUUUCCAUUAAUAAUUAGUUUUCCUGUAGCUGUUCCAUGAAUUUAUAGUUACCUUUUUCCAUGGUUAGGCAUAAAAACAUAAUUAUCACUGCUUUUUUGACAAAGAUAAAAUGAUAAUUCACAUGCUCACAUUUUGCUUCAAGUGAAAUGACAGUUUCCUGUCAUGAGGUCUGAGAACCUAAGACAGCAGGAAACUGGUAUGAAGAGGUGGUGUCUCAUUACCUUCCUGAGCUAGAGAAGAAAUCUAAUGUUACUUAAUGAUUUUCUUCUGUUUUACUAUAAAUUUUGAAAUAUAUACAUAGAAGUGGCUUUAGAAUGCACUUAAAGAAUUGUUGGGACUUGCAGGCAGUGAGGAAAGCAAGAGGACACAAAUAGAAGGCUUCAUGUUCUGUGCUGUGCUGCAGCAAAUGACUGACAUCUUUAGAAAAACAAGGAAAAAGGCUGUUUAACCAGACAAGUCAUUAGUGAUUGUAUAUGGUGUCUUUGGAAUAUUAAUAGCAGAAAUUGCACUGUUACUAAGAUGUAUAUAUAAUAAAGGAUACUUGGC